AUGAGCGACGGCCGCAUGCUCAUCGAGGACCUUGUUAUCUGCCAAGACGCAAGGACUAUGGCUACUAAAGCUAGUGCUACAAUGAAGUCUCACCUGCCUGUAGAUGGAGCAUUCUAUGCUUGUGGUGACUUCGCUUUUGAUAAUGGCUCUAAUGCCACUUUCGGAAGUAUUAAGGAGGAUAAUAAAGAAAGCUGGCAUAUGCGCCGGUUCCACGAUCUGUUUAAAUCAACUAGUAGAUGGCAGUUGCGCCAAUCUAAUUUUGGGAAUUCUGCACCUAUCCGACAAAGGCCAAACUCGCUUGAUCCACACACAUACCCCAGCACAAUAAGGCCUACUAUGGUGACAUCUGAGGCUGAGGCGGAGAACCAAAAUGGUUCCAAUAGAUUGCAGAUCACUGAUGAUAAAACCCUUACAGAAUGCAUGAUGAAACCAGUCUCAACACACAGCAACUGCGCAAGGUCAAGAGGAAGGCAUCGUUUUACUAUGCGUCGGCAAAAACGAUCGGAAUAUGAAGAACCGCUGGAUCCUUUUGUGACAAAUGGAGAUUCUAUCAGCCAGCAGGAUGGACUGCAGGGAACAAGUUGCUACGGCAUCGGUCCUGAACCCUGUCUGCCAGAAUCUACCAAAGUUUCAAACUUAACUAAGUCGGCGGUCUCAAAGCUUCCAGAAGCCUGUUUUCCAAACUCGUAA